UAUUUGCAUUGUCCGCCGUUGUCUCUCUGUUUUUGUUUUAAAGGUAAAUUUUGACCUGAACACAGUUUCGAUUUCGGACAUAAGAAUAUGUAAAAUUAAAAUUGUGCAAUGGAUGUUCCAAUCGUGUUAUCGAACAUAGCACUGUUAUUAUUACUUGCACGGUGUGCACGUGUUAUAGCUGAACCACCUAAAGAAUGCUUGCCGAAUGAUCUACAAGGAUGCUCGUGUAAGUUUUCUGACGGCAGCGGAAUUAUUGAUCUGACGAGCCUGGGUACAUCAGACAAUACACCAAGAUUCAAAGAUGUACAAGGACAAGACACUAACGUAUAUUCAUUUAGCGCAUGUAAUAGUUUUACGGAAGGAACCUGCGAGGAUGCGGCAAUGUGUAUGACAGAGGAAGGCUAUCAGACGGUGAUAGGUGAGCCCGGAAGGACUAUGUUCAGAUACUCGCCUGACAGUGAGACUGUUACCGCGGCAUACGUUGUAAGAGGAAGUCUGAUAAAGGUGUCUGAGGUAGAGUUGAUUUGCGAUCCAAACGCUUGUAACCCUGUGUUUACUCCUCUAGGACAAUCAUCAGUUGGUCUCUUUAACUUUAAGCUGACCCAUGCGUGUUCAUGCCCUGGAUUAUGCAACGAAAAUGGGCCAAUCAACUGUUCACAGAAUUCAUCGAAUGGCAGUGCAUUUGGCCCAGGAGCAAUAAUCAUUGUUGUACUUUUCGGUAUUAUAAUUGUGUAUCUCGUUGGAGGAGUCGUAUUCCAAAAGGUUAAGAAUAAAGCUUCCGGAACAGACCUGAUACCUAACAAGGACAUUUGGAAGGGUCUAAUUGGUCUAAUAACUGGCGGUAUAAUGUUCACGUUCAACAAAUGUUUACCAAAGAGAUUCAGAUAUGACACUAUGAACUGACCGUUCUGUUUAAAACCUUAGACUGACCACAGUUAUUAUUGAUUAGUAAAGAAAGUCUAUGUAGGGGACGGAAUAUCAUCCACAAAGCUGACUAACACAAAAAUUUGAGCAACUGGAAAAUGUGUUCCAUAUAAAUUUCAAUAUUGUAAAAAAAUGAUUAAAGAGUCUGUUACAACUGAUAUUAUGUAAUGACAAUAAUAAAUGACUGACAUGCGAAGUUUGCAUAAUUCUUUGCCACCUUCGGGGCAGCGUUUUUGUAAUGCUUGAUGUAUGUCAUGUACAUAUUAAAAGUGUUUAUAUUGAGCUAAUAAUUCUAAAACACCUUUAGUCCUUAUUAGACAUUUACGGAUUAAGUCUACGUGGACUGUGGACACCUAAGGCGAUAGAUUUUUCAAGGGGACCGUCUCAACAUAGUUUAAUUAUAUUAUGCGCGUAAUGAAAAAGAGUUUAUAACGGCAAUAGGGUUUGAGUUAUUAUAUCAUCACUAUGCGGUAGGUGAUAUAAAUUUGGAUGUGCCUGUUUUUAGCUCGCCUUUUCGAAGAAAAAAAAGAGCUAUUGCACUCGCUCCGGCGUCGGCGUCGGCGUCUCCGUUGGGUAAAAAUUUUUGAUAAAGUCAAAUAUCUCUGUUACUGUCAAAGCUAUUGACAUGAAACUUAAAAUACUUAUUUACUAUCAAAGUCUACACAAGGAAGAACAAUCCCCAUAACUCUGAUUGAAUUUUUACAGAAUUAUGCCCCUUUUUUAAUUUAGCAUUUUUGGUUAAAGUUUUUGAUAAAGGCAAAUAUCUCUGUUACUAUCGAAGCUAUUGACUUGACACUUAAAAUAGUUAUUUACCAUCAAAGGCUUCACCAGGAGAAACUAUUUGCAUAACUCUGUUUAAUUUUGAUAGAAUUAUGCCCCUUUUUAAUUUAGAAUUAUUGGUUAAAAUUUGUGAUAAAGUCAAAUAUCUCUGUUACUAUCAAAGCUAUUGACUUGAAACUUAAAAUAGUUAUUUACUAUCGAAGUCUACACAAGAAAGAACAAACCCCACAACUCUGAUUUGAAUUUUUACAAAAUUAUGCCCCUUUUUAAUUAAGAAUUUUCUGUUAAAUUUUAUUAUAAAGUCAAAUAUCUCUGUUACUAUCAAAGCUACUGACUUGAAACUUAAAAUAAUUAUUUACUAUCGAAGUCUACACCAGGAAAAACAUUCUGCGUUACCCUGAUUUGAAUUUUGAUAGAAUUAUGUCCCUUUUUAACUUAGAAUUUUUGGUUAAAAUUUUUGAUAAAGUCAAAUAUCUCUGUUACUAUCAAAGCUAUUGAUUUGAAACCUAAAAUACUUAUUUACUAUCGAAGUCUACACAAUUAAAAUCAAUCCCCAUAACUCUGAUUUGAAUUUUUACAGAAUUAUGCCCCUUUUUAAUUAAGAAUUUUCUGUUAAUUUUUUUGAUCAAGUCAAAUACCUUUGUUACUAUCAAAGCUAUUGACUUGAAUCUUAAAAUACUAAUUUACUAUUUAAGUCUACACGCGUAGAAACAAUCCCCAAAACUCUGAUUUGAAUUUUGAUAGAAUUAUGCCCCUUUUUAACUUAGAAUUUUUGGUUAAAGUUUUUGAUAAAGUCAAAUAUCUCUGUUACUAUCAAAGCUAUUGACUUGAAACUUAAAAUAGUUAUUUACUAUCGAAACCUACACCAAGAAAGCAAUCCCCAUAACUCUGUUUGGAUUUUGACAGAAUUAUGCCCCUUUUUAAUUAAAUGUACUAAAUUCAACAAAUAUAUAUGUCAUUACAGAAUAACUGUAGAACAUUCAAUCGCAGAAUUGAAGUGUUACAAGAGUGUAAGCUCUGUAUGGAGGCACUCACGACAACGACUUUCAAGAACCGUACAUGUCUGUGCAUUCCUUGUGUGUAGAAGAAAACAUGUCGGAUUGAUUGUAUAAACUGAUAACUGUCAACAAGAAAUAAAUUUCAUUUCAUUCAUGUUUAUGCCAUAAUACAGUAUAAAUGGGAAGAUUUUUUUAUUUUGAUUAUUUUUCUAUCUUCCGUUCAUUUAUCUAGUAAAAAAGCUGUCCAUCUCUUCGUCCAUCCACUACUGACAAAUUAAAACAAUAAAGUUAUACAAAUACAAAGUCUUUAAUGCUAAUACAGAAAUAACAAGUGCUCCGCCAAGCGGGGCAAUAUACGCCCGAAGGAUUAUAUCAGGGGAUGGGAGCAAAAUUUAAAGAACAACAAAGGGAAGAAAUUCCCCGAAAAACUCUAAGUCCACUAAAAUCAUUACCAGGUACAGAUAUGUCAAAAUACACCUUAACUUGGCAGGUACCAUCCAUGUUGUACCACAGAAAAGUGGUAUCGGUUUUUUUCCCUACGGCCAGUAAUAAAAAUGUUACAAAAUAACCUAUUUAUAGUAACAUAAAAGGGAAGUAAUUCAAUAAAAGAAUAUUGUAAGUGAACAAAAAAUGGAUAUGCCAAAUAAAACCAAGAGCACCGCAAUGCAAAGCAACAUAAACACAAAACAAAGUCAUGUGACCUUUGACCCCUAAGUGUGACCUUGACCUUGAAGCGAGCCAUGCGCUCUGCACGUCGUCUCAAUGUGGUAAACAUUUGUGCCAAGUUUCUUUAAAAUCCUCCAAGCAGUUACACAUCGCACUCGAAACAAAAUUAUAUGACCUUUGACCCCUUAGUGUGACCUUGACCUUGUAUCUAGCCAUCCAAAACAUGCGCUCUGCACGUCGACUCGAUGUGGUGGACAUUUGUGCAAUGUUUCUUUGAAAUCCCUCAUACAGAUCAAGAGUUACAGAGCGGACACGAAACAAAGUCAUAUGACCUUGACCCCUAAGUGUGACCUUGACCUUAAAGCAAGCCACCUGAUACAGGCGCUCUGCACGUCCUCUUGAUGUGGAUAACAUUUGUUUCAGGUUUGUUUAAAAUCCUUCAAGGAGCGGAGUCGACACGAAAUUGUUAACGGACAGACGGACAGACAGACAAACAGACAGACAGACAGCCGGAUGAACACCUGUGGUAUCCCAAAAUACGUCCCUUCGGGCGUAUAAUAGCAACAAAGGAAUGGAGACGCAAGAUAUUACGUUUUCUACAGUUUUCACAAUGUUUUACCUGCUGACCUACAUUUUGAUCCCAACUGACCCAGUUUAGAUUUUUUCAUGUUGGAGGACGACGACGAUGGAAUACGGAUACAUUGCGAUCAGACUAGCUUAUCUUUUCAACUUUGUCGCAGAUGCGCAACUUAUAAUAUUGAAGAACAUUUCAGGAAAGUGUUAUGACGCUAGAUCAAAUACUUUUUGCGAUAUGUAUAACAAAACAUUUCUCUGGCGAACAGACGGACGGACAGACAAAUCCAAAUAUUAUCCUGUGCAGUGACAUAUUAAGCCAGACCUUACCAUCAUUAUAGGAAAGUUUUCCUACCAAACAUAAAUUAAAAUUAUCAUGUUGAGACGGUCCCCUUGAAAAAUCGAUCGUCUUAGGUGUUCACAGUCCACGUAGACUUAAUCCGUAAAUGUCUAUUAUGCUAUAGCGGAAUACGACGUGCGGCAACGGUUACAUUAACCGCACCUUAAAGCCGUUGAACUCCACUAGGAACUUUGCCAAUUACUCGAAUUUCCUUUGUGUUUGUGUAGAAGUUGUGACACUUGUGACAUUUACUGAUACUUGUUAUUUAUUAAUAUUAUUGUUGAAAUAAAUUAUAUUAAAAAUGUAUAUACUUUCACUGAAUGACAUUUGGCGUGUAAUUUGUAUAGAUCAUACCGGGUUGUUAAAUUUUAAAAUAACUUCUUAAAAGAAACAACAAUAUUUAAAAUACAAAGCAUAAAAAAUACGAACAAUUAAAUCA